AUGGCUCCCGACGAUGUCGAUAUCAUAAGCCGAGGUUUUGGUUUUAACAUUCUCCCCGAUGAGAUUUUGCAACAAAUACUUUACUACAGCUCUCCGCACGACACCCUCUCGAAUAUUCAACUACUUUCAAAGCGAUUCAAUCGUUUGGGAAAUGAGCCAUUACUUUGGCGAUACCACUGUCGCGUACACUUCAAGUACUGGGAUGCGAGACAUUCUUUUCUUCAAAAGCUUGCCGGCAUUGUGGGAGAUGUGGACUGGAAAAGCUUAUAUAUACAUCGGAGGAACGUAGACCUAAAAACGACACAGGCUUUGAAUCGUCUUCUUGAAAGUCGGGCUAAUCGUAUCGUGAACUUUGAAGAAAUUGGAACGUUUGGUUAUGAUGCAAAGGACACGCUUUUGCGACACUGUCGCUCCCGUGGCAAUGACCAUCUUGCCAGAAAACACUAUGCUUGUGCAGUGCUUGACUUCAUUCAUCGCUCAAAGGCUCUCGCAGUUUGGUCGAAGCUUGCUGCGGGCGAGGAGCUACCUAUUGAAGCAGCAUUGGGGGCGCAUGAUAUGUUUAUUCUACACGACAACGUCGGGGACCUGCAGGAGAUCUCUGAUAUUCUCGACGACCUUGCAACUCGCAUACGAGCUGACUACCCCAAAUUUGAUUAUAUGUCCACCCGACAACAAGCCCUCGCAGUGGUUAAGUUUCUGCGGGCACGAAACCUUUUAGGACUCAAUUCCGAGCUCAACUAUCGCGAUUUACAAAAUAACUAUAUUGGCUUGGCGCUGCAGGAGCCAGAGCAUCCUUCAUUACCACUGGUUUCGGUUGCAAUAUUUUGUGCGGUAGCCCGGAGAAUCGGACUUGAUGCUAGAGUCUGUGGUAUGCCGAGUCACGUAUAUGCCAUGGUUUUCCCAAAGCCUUUCAUAGACCUCGAUGACAAGCCACUGAAACAGAAGGAGAUUCCUGUGGAACCUAUGUAUCUAGACCCAUAUCGAUCAACCUCGGAGAUUCCUGUGGAAAAUCUUCUGCGAAUGUGGACAGCUUGGGGUGUCCGAGGAGUAUCAUUCGCCGAAUUUGUCGCGGAUUCCUCUGCUACAAACAAUAUCGUGCUCCGUACGACUAGAAAUAUAGUUACAACGAUUCGAGAGUAUCCUUACACACAAAACCGUCCCGCGCAAGACCCAUCCUUCGUGAUUAACAGAUUACAAAGUGUACCCUCCACCUCAGAGCACUCUGAGCUAGCCGAGGAAUUAAGAGUGAUCCGUGCCGUAGACUCAACCCCAAGGCAAGAUUGGGCAAGUAUUCCGCCACCAGAGAUAUGGUUAUACAGGAGCGAUAAUUGGUUGGGAUGUCGGGUGCCACAUGGGCUCCAACUGGAUAGCGCAGCAUCAAAUUGA